CUCCUGCAGCUUUCCUUCUGCUGAUCUGACAGGGCUGGAUAAUUAAUCUUGCUCACCCAGAUGCUGCAUUAAGAUUACAGGGAGCGGGGAAGGCAUGGCAAAGACGGAGACAAUCCCUGUGCGUCUGCGUGUGUGUGUGGAAAGUGGGUGAGGACAAAAAGGGGGGAGAGCAAGAGGUCCCUGUGUUCCUGUGGGGUAUUGUGUCAGGAGAUGCAAGCCAGCUACCAUGUGACGAGAUAGAAAGCUGGAGGGAUUGGCUGAGAUACUACCAGCAGGCUCUGUGAGCUAAAGCGGCUCCCUCCACCCCUCCCUCCCUUCCUUUCCCUCCCUCCCUCCUCUCUCCCCCCUUCUCAGCAUCCUUCUGUGAUCCUGUAGGUGAUACAGCUACAGCAGCAUCCAUGGCCUGCCUUUCGCCUUAGCACGCUCGCCCUGCGUUUUUUUUAUUUAAAUUUUAUUUUUCCCCCACUUCUUCUUUGGCUUUGACAGCUGCACCCACCAUGUAUCCAAGGCACUGAUUUUGGGGAAGGCUUACAUUAAGCAUCUGAUACACCGGGAUCGUAAUUUCCUGUAUUUUUUCAGGCUCUGUGGAAACUGAGGAAUGCAAUUCUGCCACCAUGAUGGAAGGACUGAAAAAACGUACAAGGAAGGCCUUUGGAAUACGGAAGAAAGAAAAGGACAAUGAUUCCACAGGAUCACCAGACAGGGAUGGAACUCCACCCAGCCCUCAUCCUCAUGAUCCACCCUCCAAUAGCAAACCAGAAUGUGCACAGGAAGGAGGAAAAACAGUUUCGAAGAGAUCAAAUGGUGCUCCAAAUGGGUUUUAUUCAGAGAUUGACUGGGAACGAUAUAAUUCACCUGAGCUUGAUGAAGAGGGAUAUAGCAUCAGACCAGAAGAACCAGGCUCUACCAAAGGAAAGCACUUUUAUUCCUCAAGUGAAUCUGAAGAGGAAGAGGAGGCACAUAAAAAAUUCAACAUUAAAAUCAAGCCUUUACAGUCUAAAGAUGCUCUGAAGAGUGCGGCAACUGUUGAUGAACUGAAAGCGUCUAUAGGCAACAUUGCACUUUCGCCAUCUCCAGUGAGGCGCAGUCCGGGUACAAUAAAAAGGAAUUUAUCUAGUGAAGAAAUAGCAAGACCUAGGCGUUCAACUCCUACUCCAGAACUUCUAAGCAAGAAAACCACAGAGGAUCCUGCAGUCCUAGCACCACUAUUUGGUCCACCCCUAGAGUCUGCAUUCGAGGAAGAGAAGUUGGAAGCUCCAAUAGAUCAACCUGAAGUAUGGGGUUCAGUGCAGCCAGAAAGUGUAGAAUCUCCAAAUUCAUCACAACCUUUUCCAUCUGGAACUCCUCCACCACUUCCACCUAAGAACAUUCCAGCUACACCUCCACGUACUGGUUCUCCAUUAACAACGGGAGUAGGAAAUGACCAGACAGCAACAGAGGUCAAAAGUGACAAACUACCAUCAAUCAAUGACUUGGACAGCAUUUUUGGCCCAGUAUUAUCCCCCAAGUCUGUUGCUGCUGAUGCGGAGGAUAAAUGGAUCAGUUUUUCUGAUCAAUCCCUGGAAAACGUAACUCCAGAGGUGACUUCAAGGGAAAAAGUGGUGUCCCCACCUGUGGUAUCAGAAAUCCCAGAUGAGCCUCCGGAGGCUGAAACCUCUCGCAGUGUUCCAUCACCACUCAAUUUAGAAGAGGUUCAGAAGAAAGUUUCUGAGCAGACCCACGUUAAAGAUGAUAACUUAGCAGCAGCAGCAGCAUCUCCUAAAGAUUUUGGGGUGGGACAGAGAGCAACACCGCCUCCCCCUCCACCUCCUACCUACAGAACGGUGGUGUCAUCACCCGGACCCAGCUCUGGCGGUGGCACAGGAAGCACCAGUGGGUCCUCGUCGCCUGCUCGUCCUGCAACCCCACUGGCAUCCUGCAGCAGCCCUACUCCACCACCCCCUCCACCUAGACCCCCAUCUCGCCCAAAAUUACCUCCAGGGAAGCCUGGUGUUGAUGUGUCCAGACCUUUUAGCCCUCCGAUUCACUCAUCCAGCCCUCCUCCAAUAGCACCAUUAGCACGUGCUGAAAGCACCUCGUCCAUAUCAUCCACCAAUUCCUUGAGUGCAGCAACUACUCCCACAAUUGAAGAUGAUGCUUAUGUUGACAAACUGCCCUCGUUUGAAAGGCACUGUGAAACGCCUGCAGAGAAUGAACAGCCUUCCCUCGUCUGGUUUGACAGAGGAAAGUUUUAUUUGACUUUUGAAGGCUCUUCUCGUGGACCUAGCCCAUUAACAAUGGGUGCACAAGACACUCUGCCUGUAGCUGCGGCAUUCACUGAAACUGUUAAUGCGUACUUCAAAGGAGCAGACCCUAACAAAUGCAUAGUCAAGGUUACUGGAGAAAUGGUGCUGUCAUUUCCUGCAGGAAUUACUAGACAUUUUGCCAAUAAUCCCAGCCCAGCUGUUUUAACGUUCCGUGUGACAAAUUACAACAGGUUAGAACACGUCUUGCCAAACCCCCAACUUCUUUGCUGUGACAGCACACAAGCAGAUGCCAACACAAAGGAGUUCUGGGUGAACAUGCCAAACUUGAUGACCCACUUGAAGAAAGUGUCAGAACAGAAACCACAAGCAACGUAUUAUAAUGUGGAUAUGCUCAAAUAUCAGGUAUCAGCUCAAGGUAUUCAGUCUACUCCAUUGAACCUUGCAGUGAACUGGCGGUGUGAGCCUACAAGCACUGAUCUCCGGAUUGACUACAAAUAUAAUUUAGAGGCAAUGACGACCCCAGUAGCUUUAAACAAUGUCCAGUUCCUUGUUCCAAUAGAUGGAGGAGUGACAAAACUGCAAGCUGUGCUUCCACCUGCAAUUUGGAAUGCUGAACAGCAAAGGAUAUUGUGGAGAAUUCCUGAUAUUUCACAAAAGUCGGAAAAUGGAGGUGUGGGCUCUUUGCUGGCCCGAUUUCAACUAUCUGAGGGACCAAGCAAACCCGCCCCCCUGGUUGUGCAAUUCACCAGUGAAGGGAGCACUCUGUCAAGUUGUGAUAUCGAACUUGUUGGGGCUGGGUAUCGUUUUUCACUUAUUAAAAAGAGGUUUGCAGCAGGGAAAUACCUGGCAGAUAACUAAAAGAAGUUUAUGCGAGUAUUUGGAAAAUCCAUGUGGCUGAGGACUGCUGGGAGUGGAGAGGUUUUAUAUAUGGUUUGAGGAAAAUCUAACUAAAUCCUGUACUGGGACAUUUCUAUUGGAAGUGUCAGCAACUUUCAGCAUUUCUCCCUCAGAAAUUACCAUGUUGACCAGUCCUACAGUAUUUACUUCUAGGUGUAAUAUUGUUAAUGUUUUAAAUUGUAAUUAUUGUAUUUGUAAAUUGUAUUCAUUCCAGUAAGGCUGUAUUUUGGCAGUUAGACACCUGAGUUUUAGGAUUUUACCAUUCAUGAAAUGGAUGUAAUUUAAACUGUGGUAUAUAAAUUUAAUAGUAGUACUAUUGAAUGGCACAAUGCUUUCAAAGGUAGAUAACAUUUUGUCAAUAUAUACAAUUUGAAUAUGAUGCUAAUAGCUGUGAGGAAGGGGGUGCCUCAAAAAGAAAGUUUAAUAGUAACCCUACAAAGUCAUUUGAUUUUCUUUAUUUCCUCCUUAGUAUCUGUCAUAUAAAUAAUUAUAUGAACAAACAGGUCUAUCUUUAAAUAUUAAGUUUAUUUGACUCCAGAACAUUUCUGCAAAUGUUGAUGUGCUCAUAAGUUAUUUCCCCAAAUGAUAAAAUAUAAUUUUAUUUUUCACUUUAUACACUUUUUCGUAUGUUCCUUUUGAGAAUAUCAGUCUAUCAGAAUAAGUGUUUGGGUUUUUAAAAUUCCAGAUAAUUAUUAGGAAAUCCAGAUGAGAUGAAGGAUGUGCUGGAGUAGUUUCCUUUCUGGUUUCAUUACUUUUCUGCGAUCCAGAUGUAGAAAUAAAGAACCAAAUUCCAUGGAACCCUCUACAUUAUGAAAUUUCUGUUCAAACUUACUGAAAGCUAAGUUUGGCAGCAAAGCUGUUUCAGUUAUUUUCACUAGAAGUUGCACAGUUUCACAGAUUAUUCUCAGAAUAACAGUUUUAAAAUAUAAAGUUACAACUUUGACUAACACUUUUCUUUGCGGCUAUAGCAAGAAAUACUGCUGUCAUAUUUUAACAACAGUAUAGUUUUGUAGGCGUGUGUUAAUUUUCUUACAGUAACAUUGGCAUUACAAAUUCCUUGCUCUGAGUAUGUUCUCCUAUCCUUUUUCAUCAGAUUCUAUAUUUAGUGUGGGCAGGAUGAGCUUCAAAAUAAUAUAUUCCUCUCUCUUUUUUUUGACCUAAACUUAUAAGUUGGGAAGGGUUUGCAUGUGCACCAUAAUCAGCAAUAGCACUGGAUUUUCAACUCUGUUAUAAGCACUUAACUCCUAGUUUGUUCUGUUAUCUUGAAACAUAAACUAGCUUGAAGUUUCUGAUCAUUUGUCAGAUUCCUCCACACAACUAAAGUCCUUAUGGAACAUCUACAGCCUAGGCUUUUUCUGUGGCAUUUGUUCAUUUGGCUGUUAAGUUUGCACUCAGAAUGACAGUCGAAGCUAAUGGGGGUUAUGAGAGGGCAUUGCUGAGUUCACAGAAGGUGAUAAAACUGAUAUACUGGUAGCCAUACGGCUUUAUUCUGUGCACACAACUAGUAUUUUUGCAAACUGAGAUCUAAAUAGGUUGGCAUCCAACUGUCUCAUUGCAUGAGAAAAAUGGCUGUACUUGAGGAACAGCUAUGUCUGCAUUAAAACAAGCAGACACAAUCAGAGGCUCUCUUGAAAUCUGACCAUCAAUAGAUCUCUUUAGAAACUAAUGUGGGAAGCAUAUAUCCCAAAGUAGGACAUGCUGAAUUUUUUACACACAGCAUGAAAAGAAUAAUAAUGACGUUAAUUUUUUUUUAUGAAUGUUAGAAGAAAAAUUCUUUUUUUCUUUAGCUACUCUGGCUUUUUGCAUGUUUUGUCCCCUAUAGCACUAAUUAGCUGAUCAGCGCUGGUUUUACUAGAGCUUUGUCGGUUGGAUAGGAAAUGAAAUUUUAUGUUUAGCCUGUCAUUCCUACAAGACAUCGUAUUAGGCGUCUGUUCUUAUUGCAUGAAAGUAAAACUGGCCUGCUGCUGGCAUUUGGUGAAAUCAUGACACUGUUGGAGUAACAGAAAGCAACUUUUUGCUUUGGUCGAAAGAAUGCAGAAUCUUCUUGUGUCCAUGCUGGGUGAAAAAUUGUAAGAUGUGCAAUCUAAAGAAAAUUCCAAAGCUCUUAUCUGGCUACUUUUUCCUGUGAAAUGCAGUAAGACCCUCUUAUCCACAGAAGAUAAGUUCCAGUGCCCACCCCUGUGUCUGAAAUUGAAGAUAGUAUCGGAUCCUCAUAUUUUUGCUUCUUGUGGCUAGGAGAAGUCCCUCUACCCACAGGAGAACCGAUUCACUCCCAACUUUUGCCAGUCUGUAAGCCGCCCUGAGUCCCUGCGGGUGAGAAGGGCAGGGUAGAAAUGAUAGAAAUAAAUAAAUAAAUAAAUAAAUAAAUAAACUUUCCUCAUGUCAGCUCCCUCUGCAGAUGUUUGUACAAAAAGCAGAAGGCAAGAGGCCAACUUUCAUCCCAAGGAAGCAGUAGAAUCGCACUGGAGGACUGUGAGAAGCCCACAAACACUUCCAGUAGCAGUGACUACGGGUAACUGAAACCAUUUGGGGGGGGGGGGGGGAACCAUGGAUAAAGAGGUUUUAAUGUAUGCCCUUAAUAGCUGUGGAUCCUUUCAAAAACAUAUGUGCAAGUUUUGAGCACCAAUUUGAAUUGAAAGCUCUUUCCAUAAUUGCUGCCAACAAAAAGUUUACAUAUUCUAAUCUCAAUUAGAAGAUUUGUAUCAUGGCAUGCAUUGAAAAAACAUUUAUCUGAAAUGGACCUUAAAAACUGAAAAGAAAACCAGCUAUUUAUAAAAACAAGGGAACCUGAAAAACAUUUAAACUCUAAAUAGACAAGGAGUUAGAAAGAACUAUGUUCAAAAUAGAAUAUGCAUGACAUCAACCCGUAACUAACUAACCUAGUUCUAUUUAGAGAUUGUGUACAGAUUCUCAACAUGUCAGAUAGCAACUAAUUCCUGCAUAGAAGAAACCCAUUUUGGGCAUUUCUCCAACUUGCAAAUUAUAGGGUUUAAUUAAAACAGGAGCACCCAUGCUUUCAUGAUCAAGUUGCCUUAAAACUCUUCAUUCAGUACUAGCUCGCAGUUGUUUGCCACAAACAUCAGCAAUUGGCAACCUUACAGAUCUAUCUAGAGCAGGCAUGGGCAAACUUCAGCCCUCCAGGUGUUUUGGACUUGAACUCCCAGGCAUUGUGGAAGUUGAAGACCAAAACACCUGGAGGGCCAAAGUUUGCGCAUGCCUGAUCUAGAGACAUCCCUCCCUGUUACUUGGGAAUCCUGUUCACUUACAACUGAUAAAGAAAAUAGAUCCAUGACUAUUCAGUAAACAAAUCAAAAAAUCAAAAAUCAUUUUCUUUGCCAAGUUCUGGUUGAUAAAAGAACCUGAUAUACAAAUUUGAUUACCAUAUUUCAUUGCAUAAUAGUCACACUUUCUCCCCCUUUUUAUCUAAAAUUGGGUGGGGGUGCAACUAUUUCACACGGAGAAAAAUCUGCCUUUGAUUCUAUGGUUUCUGUUGUUGUUUUUUAAUAAAAUGCCUUACCUCCAAAAGAGGAGGAGGAGGAAGAGGAAGAGGAGGAGGAGGAGGAGGAGGAUCCAGUCUCAAACAAACAGCCUCCGUUCUAUUUGUUCUUUAAAGCUGCAGAGCCAUUUGGGGCUGAUUCUUCCUUCCUUCUUUCUCUGAAGGUAAGGCAGUUUAAAAAUCAUAAAAUAGAGGUCCCUGGAGCUCCACUUCUCCCUCCUUCUUCCAAAGCAAGACACUUUUCCAAAUCUGGAACUGAGUUCUUUGCAGAAAGAAGGGACAAUUCGAGUUCCAUGAGCCUCCAUUUCAGGGUUUUUAAACUUCCUUCCUUUGGAAGAAGGCGGAAGGAGAGAAGAAUGGAGCUUCAGAGACCUCCAUUUUAUACUUUUAAAACUGCCUUGCCUUCAGAGAAGGAAGGAAGGAAAGGAGCAUCAGCCUCAACUGGCUGAUUUUGUUUUGUGAGGAAAACAAAAAUACCAUUUUAGCACCCCAAAAAUGGGGGUGCAACUAUUCUGUGGUGGUGACUGUUACGUGAAGAAAUACAGAUAUUCUUGUUUCAUGGCUAGUAGCCAUAACAUGCAGUACGUACAGGCUUUAUUUUUUAUGGACUAUUGAUAGAUCCUUACUCUAGAAAUAAAAUAAAAAUACACAUUUCUGUUGACUCUGCAAAGGCAGAAGAAAAUGUGAGUCAUGAUUCAGGAGAUUUUUUUCCUCAGUUCAGAAGAAACUGAAGAUAAUAAUUAAAAUAUAUACAACUGUCUUUGUAUUAUAUGUAGAGACUAUAUGAUAAAAGAAUACAUAAACCAAUGUGGUGAAUGUUUCAGUGGGGGAAAUAUGCCUGUAAAAUAUACUCAGGAAGGUAUUUUCUUUCAGAAUAUAAAAAAUAAAAUCAAACACACUACAUAGCCUUCAAGUAGGGUGUCAAACUAGAAACACCUCUCUAGCUUUCAUGGAAAGUCUCUAAAAGGGAAACAGUCAUUGUUAAAGGAGUAAACAGUUGUUAUAGGAGUAAAUAAUACAAUCAGUUAUACGUGGGAAGAAACCCAAUAAAGUCUGUGGGAUUUACUUCUUUGUAUUCAGAAUUUCAGGCUGCAGGUUUUUUAAAGUGAGAAUAUAAAAAAAUUAAAUUCUGUCUGAAGCCAUGAUAACAUUUCUUUUAAAAUUUAGUUAACCACCUGAAUUUUAGUGGGCUUGUUCCUUGUGUUUUUAGAAAUAGCAGAAUAGCUUGAAUCUACAAUUAAGGAAUUUAAUCAAGGUUUUGCUUCCAUUAUACAAUUCACAAUUAUUCACUCUUCAUUCUUAUUAGUGAUAUACCCACUGUAUUUGUACUUAGCCUUUUCAUUUUAAGAACCAAACUGACCAAAAUUUCUGUUCACUUCUAUUAGCACUGUGCCAUACAAUAAUGCUGUGUUAACUAUACUACACAAAAACAUGGUUUUCAUGGCUACUAAAAUGUUAUUUCCAAUGCUCAUAUUAUUUUUUAAGAUAUACAUUUAUUUGGAAGGACAUGGCAUACCUAUAAAAUUGUUGCAAGAGGCAUGAAUUACCCUUUACAUCUAAACAUUUGAAAGGGAAGAUUAUGCUACAGAAAGAAUUAUUAUUUUUAAUAGUUCCUAUAGGCAUUCCUUCUUCAAAAAAAAGAAGCAAGUGUUGGUUUUCACUUGAUAUUUGGGUUUUUCUAUGUAGAUUAUACAUAAUGGGGCAUGAGACUCUUGUGUUUACGCCCUCCACCUCUGCAUGUGGAAUGUCAAAUGUGGCAUGAGAAUCCAUGUGUAGAUCCCUAUUUACAUGUAACAUACACUAACCAUUUAAUUUUUUGUGUGGACGUCCUCUACAUGAAGUAUAUUGGCACACAUGUAUAUUGUAACACAUGAAAUGUUGUACACCCCUGGGGAGCACAUGUCCCUGAGAUUGACUCCCGUAUUCCACUUUUGUCAGAAACCUUGGUAUAAUGGUUCUUAGAAUUAUAUUUAUGUCAAUCUUAAUGUUUUAGUUGUGCUUUCAAGAAACUAGGUACCAUCAAUUUCACUUGUUUUGUGUUCUGGAUUAUUAAUUUACCAGAGUGGAACAGUUAUCUUAUUAGAAUUAAGCCAAAGCAAGGUGUCCGUCUUAUCAAAGAGAAUGAAGCUGAAAAAUGUGUUUGGGUCUCAACUCUUGUCUGCUCAGAGUUUUAUUUGUAGGUCAUUUUCCAAAAAGUUUGAACAAGACAUACACAAUAGAGAAAAUGAAAUUUAAAAAUAAACAAAAUUUGAUAACUUCAUGAGCAAAAUCUAUUUAGCUUCACUGAAGUUUCCUUUAUGGAUAAAGACAUGAGAUAUCUCUGAUAACUUUAAAAAAAUGUAAAUCAAUUGGUUUCCCUUCUUUUGAACCUAAUAUACUUUUAAACAUUUAGAGAACUCACCAUAAAGACAAACAUUCUGGGGUUGGAUCUACACUGCCCUAUAUCCCAAGAUCUGAUCCCAGAUUAUCUGCUUUGAACUGGAUUAUAUGACUACACUGACAGAUAAUCUGGGCUAAGUAAAUAAUCUGGGAUCAGAUCUUGGGAUAUAGGGCAGUGUAGAGUCAUCCUCAGACAGCUAGUUGUUUGGAUGUAUCAACACCUAAGAGGUGGACGAUCAUACUUAUAUACACACUUAAAAUGGAUUGUAUUUACUUAAAAUGCAAUAAGGAAAAAGAGACCUGAAACUGUCUAGCCCUUCAUGUGGGCAAUAACAUAGUUUUAUUGUUCAUACAUAUGCAUCUGAAUAAAUGAGCACCAAACGCUGAUUACAAUGGCACCAAUGUAAAUGACUACUGUUUCUGAGUAACCCUUUCAGAAACACUUCUCUUCUAUCACCAGUUAAGUCAAUGGUUCUCAACCUGUGGGUCCCCAGAUAUUUUGGCCUUCAACUUCCAAAAAUCCUAACAGCUGAUAAACUGGCUGAGAUUUCUAGGAGUUGUAGGCCAAAACACCUGGGGACCCACAGUUUGAGAACCACUGCGUUAAGUGGCUUCUGAAACUCCAGAAACCUGUUAUAGGUGGUCUCCAAUAUGACACAAAGAGCCUUCUGCUGGAAACGACCAAAUGAACAAUCCCAAACAAACCCUGGUGUAUACUCGCCAACUUUUGCAUGUAUCUAACAGGUUUCUUGGGAACAAACUGCAAACAGAAAAAUGUUACUCUUGAAUGGCACCCAAUGCAAAUGUGUUGGCGAUGCUUUCUGAGAUUCCUCUAUAAGAAUUACGUGAACUAGCAUUACUACAUUUUUAUAUGAAUAACAUUUAAAAACGGCUGAAUCUUGGUGAGAGGGAUCAAUAUUUUUAAACAACAUGACAAGAAAAUUGAAGUCAUUCUUUCACUUAAAGAUUUAAGUGAGUGUGAUGACAGAUUCCCUGCCAUCUAGUUUCUGUUCUUCAAUUUUCUACCUUUACAAUAGCCUAAUAGUAGACAACUUUAUUAAAAGUUACAUUAGAGAUCAACGUAAAUACUCUGGGAAAAUUAAAAAUAAGAGAUUUUUUAAAGUAAACAGAACAAUAGUCAAAUGUUUGACAUCUCAAGUAUGCAGAAAUGUAGAUGUAUCUGUUAUUUUUAAAUAUAUAUAUAUCCUUUGACCAAUUUAUUAAUGUUAAAUUUUUAUUUGGGAAGUUUACCAUGAUAACCAAACUCGAGAAUGAAGUAUCAUACAUUUAUUUUCUUGCAAAUUUAUGUGAAGAUCAUUUCUAAUGACACCAGAUAUCUUUAACUAGCCUGCUUUUGCCCUGUCAUAUGGUUAGAAAUACACAAUAAGAAAGAUCAACUGGUCUCAUUUGAUCUUUUGCGGGGGGGGGGGGGGGGGAGCUUUUGGACUCUUUAAUUCUGUGCUCAUAUGUUACAAUACCAAUGGUGUUCAAAGGUUUACACAAGCAGGAUUUCACUACAGGCCAAGCAGUAUGAGCAAAUCUGGAACCUGACUUUCAGUGACAUCAAGAAUGCUGAAUGUCCAUACACUGCUUUUUCAAAUUGGAAUUAGGUUUUUAAUAAUGAACUUGAAUAAAUGGGGCCUACAGCUCUUCCAAAUCAAUUAUCAGUGGGACGCCUAAGUACACCAGUCAUGCUGGUGCCUUAGAAAGGCAGAUGGGUUUUCAAAAGAUAAUACGUUUUAUGGCUGAUUAUUGCUUGUGAGUGUGCACCUCUUUUGUUUAUAGGCUCAGACAAACUGAAAUGCUAAACUGCAAUCCUGCCAAACUGUUGUACACUUGUUUUCAAAGGCACUAUCUACUUGCAUGCAGUUAAGCAUCUGUAUAAGCAUUUGCAGGUCUUGGGUCUUUUUUAAUUUUUAGCUGUGACGUCAUCUCUAAAGGAAAUCUGAGACCUGAAUUAGAUUCCCUGGUGUUUUAUCAGAUAUCGAACUAUAUCAUUUUAUAUUUUAAAAGAAAAAACCUUGUGUAUAAACUGUUUAUAGAUAUUUGUGGACUUAAAAUACACAUGUAUAUUUUUAAACAUUUAAGUUUUAAAAGUCUGGACUUCUCAGGCUAAGUGUGAAAUGAAAUAUACUAUCCUAGUUUAGGUGGCCCUGUUUACUGCUUAGUCUGUGAUGAAAGCUUUGCUGCUAACCUGAUGGGAUCAGAGAAUUGUGAACUAUUGUACAAGGUUUGUUGCAUCAGAGACACUGCAGCAAAGCUUUGUAUCUGACCACUGGUAAUAUGAAUGUGUUGUAUUGACUUGUUGAAGAUAAUCAUAAAACACAUAUUUUCAAUGUUUGUUUCCUUAUAGAUUAGAAUACAAAUGUCUAUUUUUUUUGUAAAUAAUGGUUUUUAUAAAUGUCUUUCCUCAUGAGUUUUCCCUAAUCAUCCAUUUCACAGAAUCCUGAAUAUGCAAUUAUUUAUCAUACGUAUAGAAGAAAUAAGGUCCCCGUUUCAGAGAAAAAUUAUUGAAUUCUAUACAUAAGAACAAAAUGAAAUAAUAUGUUGUAACUCAAAAGGUGAUUCUUUCCCCACUUGAAAAUAAAUGAGAAAGCUAAAAAGA